UCCACAGCAGUUCUGAGGCGGAAGGCUUAAAAUUAAAUGGAAGAAAACAUUUAAAGAUAAUUCGGGAACACUUGACAGAGUGUGGGUCGCUUCGACUUCAGCAGGAACUGCUGAUCCACCGUCCCCACGGCGUGCGAGUAAGAAGAACGUCGGUUCCGCGGUUCUGAAGAAGUGGCAGGAGGAGAUGCGGCCCCUGGACAUCGACGAGGUGGAAGCGCCAGAGGAAGUGGAGGUGCUGGAGCCCGAGGAAGACUUCGAGAAGUUUCUGCUUCCAAUCAUCAACGAGAUGCGGGAGGACAUCGCGUCUCUUAUACGGGAGCACGGGCGGGCGUAUUUGAGGACCAGGAGCAAGUUGUGGGAGAUGGACAAUAUGCUCAUCCAAAUAAAAACCCAGGUGGAGGCCUCGGAGGAGAGCGCCCUGAAUCACGUCCGGCAUCCAAAUGGGGACGCUGACGAGAGAGUGUCGGAGUUGUGCGAGAAGGCCGAGGAGAAAGCUAAGGAGAUCGCGAAGAUGGCAGAGAUGUUGGUCGAGCUUGUCUGGCGAAUAGAGAGAAGCGAGUCGUCUUGAAGGAGAAUAUCGCGGAAGGUUCACAGCUGAUGGAUUCUGGUCAACUGGUAAGGACAGACUGACACCUUGAGGAGACUGAAACAGCUUGCCAUUUUCUCUCUUGUUUUGUAUGUUUUUUACUCCCCAUGUAACGGUCUCCCUGAUGGUCAGUGGUUGAUGACCUUGAUAGGGACUUAGAUCAUCAAAUGUAUUUGGUUCUAGAAAGAUAACUUUUGUAAGAGAAAUGAGGCUUAGUCAAAAGUUAUUUUCAUGGUCUCAUUUAUUCUUGUGACUUUGCUGUGAUUUUGAAAUGCUGGACAUGGCCUUGUAUUUGGCUGUUACCUAUGUGACCCGAUUGUUUUUUGGAACUUUGGAGCAUGUGCAAACUUGGGAUCAGAAUCUUCCACCUUCAGAGGUGCAGUGGAAGGCUCUGUGGUGCUUGGUUGAACCUGGCAAAGAGUGUGUGAAUGAGAUUGCUUUGCAUGAAGUUGGGAAGAACUACAAGAUAGUUGGAGACGAAAGAUGGUUUUGUAUAUACUUUGGAAGUUCAGUUCUUCUGUGAGACGAAGGAGGAGAGCUGUUUUGUGGCACAUUGUCUGAUGUAUAUUGUGUAACCUGUCAGGUGAAUUUAUUUAGACAAUGUGGCUGACCUCAUAUGACAAAGAAGUUUGAACAGGGAAUGAUGGAGUGCACUUCACUGUUGUAGUACCCUCACCCAUUGCAGGGGCUUCAGAGAGACAAUCAACCAAGAGCCUUGAGAGGCUGGAGAAAGGAAAAGGGAUUAUCAGGGCUCAUAAAGCCUCUUCUAGUUCAUCAGGGUGGUAGACCUGACAGAGGUUUGAGGUCAAAGUCAAACAUCUAAUUGGUGUUAAUUUGCCUUGAAAAACAAAGACCUAAAAAGCCUUUUUUAAAAAAAAUCUAGCUUUGUUCAAAUGACCAAAGCUCCUGUGUGUGUUAGUAAAAGAAUCAUAAA